AUGCUUUUAGUUAUGAGUGAUAUCGUUCGUUCUCAAAUAUUAAAAAAAGUGAAAAAAGCUGGCAUCUUCUCAAUUAUGAUUGACACCACAACUGAUGUUUCUAAUAUAGAACAGUUUUCUCUGAUUUUGCGGUUUGUGGAUGAAUUUGGUGAAGUUAAAGAAAGACUUGUGGCUAUAGAAUCUACAAAUGAUGCAACUGGCAAAGGUAUGUUUGAUUUACUAUGCAAUAUUUGCGUUAAAUAUGAUUUAGACUGGAUAAAUAACUUAUGCGCACAAACAUAUGAUGGAGCCGCGUCUAUGCAGGGACAGUAUUCAGGUCUUCGUUCAUAUGUACAAGAAAAAAAUCCUCGUACUUUGUAUGUUUGGUGUUUUUCACAUGUUCUGAAUUUGGUUGUAGUUGAUACAUGUGACAGAUGCAUUAGUAUAAGAAAUUUUUUUGGAGAUAUGCAAGUACUCAUUUCUUUUAUGAGAGCAAGAAAACGAACAGCGAUUUUUUUAGAAGAACAAAAAAAAAUGUUGUCCAAAUGA